AUGCCACUACCAGUGGGCAUCUAUCGGGCCGACCAAGUUGGAUCGUUGCUGCGACCCAAGGAGAUUCUUUCAACACGAGAGAAAGUGUUGGCAGGUAGUGCGACAGCAUCUCAGCUUCGCGAAGUCGAAGAUCGAUACAUUGCAGAGGUUGUUCAAAAGCAACUGGAUGCUGGCCUUCGUUCCAUCACUGAUGGGGAAUUCCGACGCGCCUGGUUCCAUCUGGACUUCCUUCAGCAUUUUGAUGGGAUUGAGGUUCAAGGCAGUUUGACGUCGACCAAUCAAUCCAAGGGCGGCGUGCAGCCUCCCCGUCUUGUUGUGACUGGGAAACUGGGGCAUAGUAAACCUAUUCAGGUCGACGAUUUCAGAUACCUUGAAAGCCAGAUUGCCAAAGCGGGUGGCCAAGACAAAUACGGCACGGUCACUACCAAAGUCGCGAUUCCGAGUCCGACCAUGGUCCACUUCCGGGGCGGGCGAGAGACCAUCGACAUGGAGGCCUAUCCAUCCCUGGACGAGUUCUUCGACGAUCUGGCCAGAGUAUACCAGGAAGAGUUGCAAGAACUGUACGAUGCCGGGUGCCGAUUCGUGCAACUCGACGACACCAAUCUCGCCUAUCUGUGCGAUCCGGCCAUGCGAUCAGCCGCAGAAUCCAGACACGGAAGUGACGCCAAGACGCUCGCCAGUCAGUAUGCAGACCUGAUCAAUCGGGCAAUUGAGAAGCGACCGAGCGACAUGACGAUCGGUAUCCAUUUGUGUAGAGGCAACCAUCGAAGCCAAUGGUUUGCCCAGGGAGGGUAUGAACCGGUCGCCGAGGUCUUGUUCCGAGACCUUAACGUCGAUGUCUACUUCCUUGAGUAUGACGAUGCGAGAUCUGGGGACUUUAGUCCACUUCGACAUUUGCCAGAGCAUAAAGUCGUGGUACUGGGAGUCAUGACGAGUAAACGUGGUGAAAUGGAUGAUGCAGACACCAUGGUGCAAAGACUAAACGAGGCGAGCAAGUACUGCAAAAGAGGCCUGGAUCAACUCGCCAUCAGCCACCAGUGCGGUUUCAGCUCGACAAUGGAGGGAAACGAGCUAAGCGAGGAUCAGCAGUGGGCGAAGGUCCGCGCUGAAGUCGAGAUCGCGAAGAAAGUUUGGGGAGAGGAUAUAUCCAAGUAGAUUAAGG